AUGGACGCCUACCCCGAGGAUUACGUUGCUCACAAUCUCCCCCUCAUCCUGCUCUCCGGCAUAGAACCGGCGCCUGAUCAUGUUGCCAACAAACCGGAGGUCCGGUACCCUCUGCUACAGGAGAAAGGAACGCCGAUAGAGUCAGAUUUCCCGCUCCUCAGUGGGCGGCUUGUGGAGGACCUGCGGACCGCGUUCCUCCAACAAGAUGCGUCAGACGCACCAUGGAAUUCACGGAGCCAUACUGGGCGGUCAAUUGGGAUUGGGCUGAGAAUAAAGAUCAUUGGGCGGUCUUACAGACUUCCUCCCAGAAAAGCUGAUCCUCCUCAAAUCUCUCCCGUCAAUUCUUCGGUCGGACCAAUUCUUCAUUCUCCAAUCUCACCGUUGACGCCUGGCUCGCCAACCUUCCCGGAUGGGGUGCUUACGCCAUUAUGGGUCACGAAGCACCAGGAUCUUAUUCCUGCUGCAGCUAUCAAUGUAUUCCCGAUCACCUCCGAUCCCAAUAUGAGUACACUACGAGACAAUCAGCUUAAAAUCGAGAUCAAUGGUCUGAAGGAUUCGUGGGCUUCGUCCGGUUACAAAACGCGCUUCGUGGUUGUGUUGGUCGCUGAAGAUGGCCUCAACAUGCAGGAUAUUGAUGAUCGAAUGGCGAGCAUACGGAGAGCCACAAAUUUGGACCCGAGAUCUCUUUUCCUUCUUCCACCAGAUUUAUCAGCAGUUGAAGUGAAGGAUUUCGUCCGGUCAUUACUGGCCUCGUUGCAGUCAUCAAUCGCGGAGUACUACCGCGAUCUGUCCAAGCAUGCGAGACGAAAGCGCAAUCGGGGUUCCAUACCACCGCCAACGGCACCCCCGAUAAGUGGAACGUCUCAAACUUUGUCUUCGCAGGGAUGGAACGUUCGCUAUGAGUUCAAGCUUGGCAUUUUCGCGGAAUUUCGCCAGGAGAUGGAUGCAGCCCAUCGCAACUAUGAGAGUGCAUAUGAGGCCCUGUUUGGCGAGGAAGUGUUCGAAUCCAUCGCGGGAUGGAACCCAAGAUUCAACGAUGCCCGUCUUUUGGCCGAUGUACUAGCGAUCAGGAUCAUCCGAUGCUUGCUCUGGAGUGGUCAAACUACCGCCGCGGUGCGUGCGUGGCUCGAACACAGGGCCCGUACUGAGGAUAUCGUCAGCCGCAAAGGAAAGGGAACAAAGAAUUAUGGGUGGGAAGCUUGGGAUGCGAGAUGGUCAACAGUAAUGGCACAGCUCAUUUCUCGAGCGGAGCUACCCGCAUUCUCAGAAGACAUUCUCAAUGACCCUAGUAGGCUACACGAAUCCCUUUUUCACCAGCCUGAAAAGACUUUGCCCGUGGGUGAAAAGUUGGCCCCCUGGGAAUUGCUCCACCAUGAAGGCUACUGGUUGGAGCGAUCAGCCAUACAUUCAGCCCACCGACGCGCCCUAGCCGAGCAAGUUCCAGGAGAGGAUCGGGUACCUCCUGGCCAAUCUCCAGCUUCUCAGAUUGCAGGUAAAUCUUAUCUGUACGACACAUAUCUGGCACCCGAACCACAUGUUGAGGCUCCUGAACCUGGUCAGCCCGGCUUUGAUCACUCUUCCCUAAUCAUAGACACGCUAAAAGCGUCCUUGGAACAUUUUGCUGCAAGACGGCAGGUCAGAAAGGUCGAAAGUCUGAGCUUGGAAAUAGCCAGAGAAUACAUGCGGGCCGGUCUCUGGGCGGAUGCCCAUAAAACACUUUUGCCUCUUUGGCCACAGUUGACAUGGCGGGCCGAUGGGUGGUGGGAGUUAAUGGAGGAGUUUGCUUGGACCUUAAGAGAGUGUUGUCUUCGAGUCCACGACUGUGAGACAUUAAUCUGGGUAAAUUGGGAGUUACUCAGUCGAGUCUUUUCGCCUCGGUCCAGCUGGAACUACGACUUUCAGAACUGUCUCAAGGAUGUUCCCGUAGGCAGCCCUAAACCUGUCGUCGUCCUCAAAGCUGAGGAUGUCGUGUCGUGCUUGUCUGCAUCACUCGUUUUUGAGAAAGCAGCUGGAAAUGUCGGCGAGCCUCUCCAAGCUCAAUUGGCCAUCACUUCUGUGGCCCAGCCUUCUUCAGCUCCCAUUACUCUCUCUGAAGUAAAAAUCGUUUUUGAAGGCAGCCUGCGGCCCAUUAAAUUGCAAUCGGAGCAUGAGGUGGAUGAGAGCGACUCAUCCUCUUGUCAGAUAUCUGACGUCACUUUACGUGACUCUACAGCCUCAACUGAUUCCUCAACACCCCUUUCCCCAACUGAGGGAACGGCUUCCAUGGUCGGCGCAGCCAACCUGACCUUCAGGCCUUCUCAAACCAGAGUAUACAAUUUGACGUCCAUACCUCGCGAGGCUGGUGAGGCCAAGGUUGCAUCGAUCUCCCUUCUGAUUGAAGGGGAGAAUUUCAAUCUUGUGUAUGCCAUCACCCGUCAUAGAGAAGGGGCAUUAUACUGGUGGGUGAAUAGCGCCAAAGGUCCUCAUCGAAAGAGGAUUGGCAAAGAUCGCGACACUACCUUGUGCAAGAUCCUACCGAAACCGCCUAAGAUUCUCAUAAGCACACCAAACCUCAGGGAGACAUACUAUACAAAUGAGCGAGUUAUUCUCAGUGUCGCCAUCAAAAACGAUGAAGAAGAGGCUGCAGACGUAACCCUGCAGGUCAGGCUGUUUGGAAAACCGGAAUUGGCAGCUAAGCUGUCAUGGGCGAAUGACGACGAACAUCCUGCUGAAUCGGGCGAUGAUGCUGGGGGCUCUCCUAAUGAGGAUACUCCUCAUUCAAUAUCUCGUUCGAUCGGCGUCCUGGAACAAGCCGCCAGUACGGAGUUAUCGAUUGUUCUUUCUGACACCCACUAUGCCGCGGAUUACGAACUCGAAAUAUCCGUUCGAUACUCUCUGGUCUCAGAUAUGGAAACGCCCAUCUCGAAGACUGUGGUGGUCAGCCUGCCCUUUGUGCGACCAUUUGAAGCAAACUAUGAGUUUCUCCCUCGCAUCCAUCCGCAGCCCUGGCCCAAUUUCUUCCUUCCCGACGACGACCUCGCCGAGCAUGGGUCGACCUCGAGGCCGAACGGCUUGCAGCAGAAGUGGUGCGUCAAUUCGAAGAUUGUGUCAUUCGCCUCGGAACCGCUCAUUAUCGAGAAAGUCUCCUUGGUUCUGCUUGACAUUCACGGCGGUGCACUCUGUGACAUAAGCGAGGAGACUUUGCUCAGCCAAGAGGCGGCACAGAUAUUCCCAGAAGAACUUAGGGAAUCUGAGUUUACCCUUAAUGUUCAGAAGACCAGUCUGGACGAUCGACGGUCGGUAACACUGAACCUCGCCUUGGAUAUUCUGUGGCGACGUCCGACUGCCGACGGUAGUGAUGCUAGCACGACCACCUCACUGGCAAUCCCCCGUUUCCUGAUCCCAAUGGGUGAGCCGCGCGUCCUGGCCUCUGCCUUACCGUCGGAGACGCUACCGGGCUUGAUCCACCUGGACUACACACUCGAAAAUCCCUCAAUGCAUUUCCUCACAUUUAACCUCACGAUGGAAGCGAGUGAGCAGUUUGCGUUCAGCGGACCUAAGACGAGAGUAGUCCAACUCGUCCCCUUCAGCAGACACACGGUGCGGUACAACCUCCUGGCUUUUAAGCGGGGCUUGUGGAUUCAGCCACACCUCGUGGUGGUCGACACGUAUUUCAACAAGACGCUCCGGGUUCUUCCCACCGAAGGAAUGCGGGCCGAUAAAAAGGGUAUUUUGGUAUGGGUAGACCCUGAUUGA